GCGAGAGAGAAAGAGAGAAAGAAUCUCAUUCAUAAAGAGAAAAAUUCAUUCAUGAAAGCUGCCCUGCCUCACAGAGAGCGAGAGAGAUAGUGAGUUGGUGAGGAGUUUAUUGGAGAGUCUAUCAGAGAGGUGACGAGUAAGAGAGUUUGUAGAUCAUUGUGAUGGAACUCCUCUCUGCGAGGAGUACACUGGACCAGGACAGCUUUUAGACCAAGCCGACUCUCACAACUACCAAACAGGCAUGCUGCAGCGCACCAAGUACAGCCGCCUUCGCAACGAUUCCCUCAGCUCCCUGGACGACCGACUCCAGGACACCAAGGGGGACCCGCAGGCCCUGGCCGCACCGCUCGCCCCGCUACGCGCCCAGGACGCCCAUGCCCGGGCCCCCAACGGAGAGAGCAGCACCCUGAGGGGCUUCAUCCCCCGCAUGGCCGGCAUCUCGCUGCUGGGUGGCCUGGGGGCGCUGACCCACAAAUGCGGGCACAGAAACAUAGACAGACGUGCGGAUGAGCGACCCGUCUCGGACGCGGACUGGACGUCGGGCCAAGCGUCCCGUUGCCACGCCGGAGGCACCAAGGGGCCCAUCGCUCUGCAGGGGUGUCCCCUACACCCGCUGCAAGGUGGUUUGUGCCGUUUGAAGAUAGUCCCCCCGGAAGAGGAGGGCCCUGAGAACAGCGUGGUCCAUCAUCAUCAUGUGGAGUACAUGGGUAGCCUGGAAGUAACGCAGUCCAUGAGAACGCUGGACUUUGACACAAGAAUGCAAAUUACACGAGAGGCUAUUAGUCGUCUAUGUGAGGCAUCGGCAGGUGUCAAGUCAGCUAUAAGAAGUAAAAGGUCCCUGCCGAAGGCUGUGUCAGUGGUUCUGGGUCAGAGCAACCUGCAGUUCUCUGGAAGCAGUGUCAUCCUCACCGUGUCCACAGAGAGCAUGUCUCUCACCACAGUCUGCCCCCUACAGACGGUGGCCCACCACUCCAUACAGGCCAUCUCUUUUGCUUCAGGAGGAGACCCGGACUUGGCGGAUUUCAUUGCAUACGUUGCCAAAGACCCUUCCAACCGGAGACUGUGCUACAUAGUGAAGUGCCCCGCGGGUCGGGCCUGUAAGAUCAUCAGCAGCAUUGAUCAGGCCUUUCAGGCUCGAUUCAGACAGCUUCUCAGCCAGAAUGCAUUUAUCUUACCCACAACGCAGAGGUGUUUGAUCGAAAUAAUUGACAGGAUACCAGAACGGUGCUUUAGAGACAACGAAAUCACAGAGUUCAAUGAACGUUCAGGGGAGUCAGACUACUACAAUCAGAUCCCAGGCAAGGUGCCCCCUUCUGGUGGAAUACAGGACCUUCGUAUCUCAAGAGAAGCUGAUCAACAGGACGGUUUGAUACAAGAGAUGCAGGUCUGCUCCUCAAAGCCGAUUUCAUUGUAUGAGAACUGCUGCAUUGCACACGGCCCUGCAGCGCCGUCUACAGUUAAUAUGAGUGUUUGUGAGGCCAGCAUGGAGCCUAUGGAGCAGCCUGACAUCGGACCUGAGUGGCGCCCGCUCUCCCAGGACCUAAUAGAGGAAGAAGGGUGGUUUCAUGGCAGGCUUGGCCGUAAGCAGGCGGAGGCGCUGCUGUCCUGCAGUGGGGACUUCCUAGUCAGGGAGAGUUGCUCUGCCUCGGGCCAGUACGUCCUCAGCGGCAUGGAGGGGCAAACCGUCAAGCACCUCCUUCUGGUCCACCCCAACGGACAGGUGCGCACGUGCGACCAGGUGUUCCAGAGCGUGGGUCACCUGGUUCGUUUCCACAUGGGGAGUCGAACACCCAUCGUCUCUGGCUGCAGCGAGCUGAAUCUAACUCAACCCAUCCUGCACACAUACUGACACACACACCCACACAUGCACACACACACACACACGCACGUGCACAUGCGCUCAUCACACACCCACAAACACCAACCUGGUAUUGAUUUUAUGUUAGAUUCACUCACAGCAGUGGUUUUCAAAACUUUUGUUGUGAAUAAAAAUAAUGUAUUGCAUAGCUGUUAUAUAUUUUAGGGAACACUAUAGAGGUGUACAGGCUAACACUAACUGAACACUGUACAUUGUAAAUUAGUAUACACUCAAAAGGCAGCAAGAAAAUGACUUAGUACAUCUGAUAACAGGCUUAUUCAAGGACAUAUGAAUACUGUUUAGUGUGACUUGGUUAUUAUUAAUAUUUAAUCUCAGGUCAGACUUGAGCUGAAUCCACGCUGUGCCUUUUCACCUGUUAAGAACCACGUGUCUGCAGAACAAUCUUGUUUUCAAUUCGCAAUCCAAAAAUCUCUCUCUCUCUCUCUCUCUCUCUCUCUCUCUCUCUCUCUCUCUCUCUCUCUCUCUCUCUCUCUCUCUCUCUCUCUCUCUCUCUCUCUCUGUUUAUGUAUGCAGGGGUUCAAAGCACAAUUGAAUGGAUGACAAGGAUUCACUUGAUGGAUCUUACCUGAUAUGUUUUUCUAUCUUUAGUUGCAUUAGUUUUGGAUGUUUUAACUGAAGUAAUCAUCUUUUUGGCGUGUUUUUGUUUUGGGAUCACCAUGAUGUUACCUGGCUUUUAACUACUUUUGUUAACUCUUACAUAUGUAAACAACACUGCUUGAUUCCUAAUAAAAUGCCUCUCUUAAUUGCA